AUGUCUCAAUUCGAUCCAGUUGUGCAGCAGUUACGUUCUGAUGAAGUUCAAGAAAUCACACAGGCGUUUAUGGAAUUCGAUAUUAAUCACAAUGGCUACAUUACCCCGCAAGAAAUGAAAGAAUGUUUACGACGUGCUGGAGUACAGUUUCAAGAUGCUGAAGUUGAUCGAGUGGUUGGAAAUAUGGACUUAAAUCAUGACGGAUCAGUAACAUACGAUGAAUACAUGAAAUUUAUGGCACGAGUGUACACCGGUCAACAUGACGCAUUUCAACGAGGACCACCAACACCAGGUGGACCAUCCGGUGGACAACAAGGAGGUUAUCGAGGACCCUCAUCACAACAACCACCAUUCAAUCAGCAAGGCCAAGGUGGUAAUUAUCCAAACCAACCACCCUAUAACCAACAAGGUGGCUCCGGUAAUUAUGGGGGACAACAACCGCCCUAUAAUCAAGGUAGCAACUACCCACCAUCAUCGGGUUCAAAUUAUCCUCCCAGUGGACAGAACUAUCCACCAUAUGGAGGUCAACAGCAAGGGGGUUAUAACCAACAAGGUGGUGGUAACCCACCUUAUAAUCAACAACAAGGAGGAAAUUAUCCCCCAAAUUCAAAUCCUCCAUACAACCAACAACAAGGCCAAAAUCCUCCAUAUAACCAAACGUAUGGUUCUAGCGGUCGCUAA